AUGGAUCUUAUUGAGUCCGUCGACAAAACUCGGGAGUCUACGGACGGGAGUCGGGAGUCUGUCGGCCCUAGGAGAGAACCCGCCGACGACAAGCGAGAGAAGGGCAACGAGAGGCCAGAGUCCAUCGCCGGCAGUCGGGAAUCUGUCGGCAGGAGACGUGAAUCUGUCGGCGGGAGGCGUGAAUCUGUCGGCGGGAGGCGUGAAUCUGUCGGCGGAAGACGUGAAUCUGUCGGCGGAAGACGUGAAUCUGUCGGCGGGAGGCGGGAAUCCGUCGGCGGAAGGCGUGAGUCCAUCGGCGGAAGACGGCAGCCCGUCAGCAGACAGCGGCGUGAAUCCAUACUGUUCACGCAGGAGGAGGUCGCCCGUCUGAGAGCGCGUGCGUGGCACGGUCACCGACGGAAAACACAAGCGUUGAUUCGGCUGGUAAGUCUGAUGUGUGAAUAG